AUGCUGCGCCAGUCCCUUGUCGGCUCGCUGUUCGUGGGCCUGUCCUGCCAGAUGCCCUUUCAGAACACUGGCCCAUUAAGAUUCAAGUCGGAUGGCACCUUUCAGCUCUCCAUCUUUGAGGACCUGCACUUCGGUGAAAAUGCUUGGGAUCAGUGGGGACCUCAACAAGACAUUAACUCUGUCCAAGUGUUGAACAAGGUCCUAGAUUUUGAUACCCCAGACCUGGUCGUCCUCAAUGGCGAUCUCAUUACUGGGGAAAACACGUACCUGGAGAACAGCACCGACUACAUCGACAUGAUCGUCGGGCCCAUGGUUGAGCGUGGCCUUAGCUGGGCAUCUACCUAUGGUAAUCACGACUACCAAGUGAAUGUGACGGGGAAAACGAUCCUGGAGCGUGAGAAACGCUGGCCAAACGCACGCACAACCCAGAUGGUUUUCGCACCCGAUGCUGGCGUGUCCAAUUACUACCUACCUGUCUACGGCGCCAACUGCACCUACUAUGAAAGAUGUGCCCCCGAGCUUCUCCUCUGGUUCUUUGAUAGUCGCGGAGGCUUUCGCUACCAGGAGUGGAAUGAAGACGGCUCGCCCAUUGGCCAUCCCAACUGGGUUGAUACGAGUGUCGUGGACUGGUUCAGCCAGACGAAUGCCAAACUCGUCCACAAGUACGGUAGGACGAUUCCAUCCCUCGCCUUCACCCACAUACCGUCCUACGCCUCCCUUGCGCUACAAGCAGGACCUGGCGUCGAUGCCAACCGCCAGCCCGGUAUUAACGACGAUUAUCCGCUUGCUCCCCAGGCACAGGGCUGGUGUUCCGAUGGUCGCAACGACGGCAGUUGUUCCUACGGCGGGCAGGAUAUACCUUUCAUGAAGGCCAUCAGCGAGACCCCUGGGCUGAUGGCUCUCUUCUCUGGCCACGACCACGGAGCGACUUGGUGCUACAAAUGGGACACUCUUGUCCCAGGAAUGACGGUCCAGGGGAACGGCAUUAACCUCUGUUUUGGUCAGCACAGUGGCUACGGAGGGUAUGGAAAUUGGAUCCGCGGCGCUCGCCAAGUUCUCGUCUCUCAAGAAAUGCUCCAGGAUCUCGCCGUCGACACGUGGAUUCAGCUUGAGUCUGGCGACACCGUGGGUUCUGUGACGCUGAACACGACCUACAACCAGGACAGCUACCCCGCCACGCCAAACGACAAAACAUACUGCCCUACCUGUAACUACAACGUUAUUACCCCCCAGCCAGGCACGAAGCGCUCACACUCUUCGGAUCUAGGUUAA